UGAUCUCUGAAUUCCGCUAUACUCUCUAAUGCGGAUCUACAGUGUAACUUGACAGUUCCUUUGUAGUUCAACGAUACAGGAUCAGGAAAAAGAUUGUAAUCACUCGAUUAUGUAGUACGUGGUGUACAGGACGUGCCAGGAUUGUUAUGUCAUGUGAUGUCAUAAACACAAAGCCUAUCAACAGUUUAUAUACAGUAUGCACAAAUUGAAUAUAAAAGGCCUGUCAUUUUAAGCAAGGAUCAUUCCCAAACUCGAAAAGCAAGAUGGCAUCAACUCAAAUCGAUACGAUGAAGAACCUUCUGGAGGAGCUGAAGAAGGAGACCUCUUGGGCGACAUCAAAGACUGCUCUGCUCUGCGAAAAGAUAGAUGCAGCAUUCUGGAAGUGUCAGGACAAGGAGGGAUUUACGCAGGUUUUCUGCGAUUGCGGUGGACCAGAGCUCCUGGUCUCCAUCCUCAAGAGGUUUGAGGAGGAUGGACUCAUCAGCGCCUGGGAGACGGCCUUCAUUAUCUACAACUGCCUAUGCAACCUCAGCGAGGCCAGCCUACCACUGUCUGUACAGCUGGGACUACAGGGUAUGGUGAAGCUAUGCGCACACAACAUCGUCAAAUACGCAGAGAAGAUGCAUCUGAAGGACAUACGGGAUCUGGUCCGUAUCUCUCUGAGCAUCCUCUGCAACCUCUCGACCGCGCCCAACAACCGGUGCUCUUCAGGGAGGAGGGCGUGGCCCAAAAGAUGCAGCCGUACCUGACCGGCGACCCUUUCCUCAAGUCCAUCUGCAUGAUUACCCUUGCAUACAUAGCGGAAGACGGGCAGGAAUCCACCUUGGCUCAACAGGGAACAGAUACGACUGAAUACCUGGUAAAAAUUCUGAAAGACGCCCUCAGGAGUCCCGACAAAAGGUACAGGGGACUGUGUGACAGAGAGAUAGCCCUAGCCCUAGGACGAUUGGCUGUACAUGAUGGCAACAAAUACAAGAUCCUUGAAGGAGGAGGGCUCCCUCUACUGGUGGAGAUGCUCAAGAGCGAGAACACGCACGCUCAAGAGGCUGCUGCCAACACCAUCAAGGCCCUGGCUUUCUCUGCAGUGCUUCGUCGUAAGCUACAAGAAGAAGGAGACUGUGUGAGGGUACUGGAGUCGCUCGGUCAGUCUACGGACUCCAGGGUAUCGGACGCUGCUAAAGGGGCAUUGUGGGUAAUCACACAUGGAUGAGCAUCCGAAGAGCAGAAAUGGGAGAGAGGGACUGGGGAAGAGUGAAAACUAAGAUGAAAAGAGGGGCACUUUAAAA